AUGCCGAGGUAUCAUGCCAAUUCCCAUGACGAACCCUCAUACUCAUCCACAACAAUGAAAAUCUUCGGUCGAGAACGACCGCUUCAUGCUGUCUUCGGAGGAGGAACAGUUGCGGAUGUGUUGUUAUGGAGGAACAAGAACUUAUCAGCAGCAGUUCUUAUUGGGUUCACAGUGUUGUGGUUUCUUUUUGAGAUUGUGGAGUACCCCUUUCAUACACUUCUCUGCCACAUCUUCAUCACUAUGAUGCUCAUCCUCUUUAUUUGGUCCAAAGCUGCCCCACUCUUUAAUUGGGACCCUCCAACUCUCCAUAAAAUCAUCGUAUCUGAAUCGGCAUUCCAGGAAGUAGCUAAAGCCUUCCACAAGAAGCUCAACAGAUUCUUGUUCAUCUUCUAUGACAUUGCCUGUGGGAAGGAAUUGAGGCUCUUCAUUCUGGUAAUUGCUUCCCUUUGGAUACUAUCAGUCAUCGGAACCGAUAUAUGUACUCUGAAUCUUGUAUAUUUUGGUUUCCUCUGUAUUGUAACACUGCCAGCUCUGUAUGAGCGCCAUGAGUAUGAAUUGGAUUACCUUGCAAGCAAGAGCAACCAGGACAUCAAAAAAUUAUACAAGAAAUUUGAUUCCAAUGUCCUUAACAAGAUUCCAAGAGGUCCAGUGAAGGAGAAGAAUAAAUUCAAGUAAACUGGA